UAAGAAACUUUUUUAUGGCUGUUUGCUGUUUAUUAUUGUUUUGUUUUUAUUCCCAUGACCAUGAAAAGAGGACUAUGGCAUGAUUUCUAGUAAAAAUUGAAGAAUAUGUGCAAUUCGCCGUGGUAGCAAUAGCUGCUCGAUUUGCUGAACCUCUUUCUAACAUCAGCGACAAAAGAAAUCGUGCAGCCAAAAAAGAUGACUUCAAGAUUGGAAGUAUUGUGGAGCCCCAUAGGCAAUCGUUUCAUUCUUUGGGGUGGCGAUACAAUAACAUCUUAUGAGUUGACACCCAAAAAAGAUGGAGGUCCCACAGCAAAAACGUUCAAUGUAUCAGACACCCAUAUUGCUGAGAUGAUAUGCACUGCUAACAACCAGCAUCAAGUAAAAUGUAUGGACAUUUACCCUCAUUCACAGGGGGAUGAAAUAGUAGCACUAGGUGGCAGCAGUGGUAAAGUUAUCGUCACAUAUUUGGCCAAACUAGCGUGGGAUGGCAGUGGAUUACCUAGGAAAGAAUUUAGUGCUAAAUGUCCCAGGCCAUGUACUUCAAUCAAUUUUAAUCCAGUUGACUCGCAUUUCGUGGCAGUAGGCUUAGAAAAAUACAAACCAGACAAUUCUAUAAUGAUCUUUGACAUAACACAAGUAUGUGCUAAAAGAGAUCCUACAACAACAGGUUUUGUUGCUCCGAUCAAUGAUGGAUCAAAGGCUAUCUGGGAGUUUGGGAUGUCUGAACAUUGUCAGAAUGUCUCUUGGUUUCAUAAUAAUAGCAAGAUUUUAGCUACGGGGAUGAAUAUGAAGUUUAUUAGAUUAUUUGACAUUCGUGAUCCAACCAGAGUAGUAACUUCGACUGUAACAAAAGCAGCCUUGGGAGUAUGUACCAAUCCAAGAGAUGACAAAUAUUUGGCUUCGUAUUUCGAAAACCAAGUUUAUGUUUGGGACACUAGGAAUAUUGAAAAACCUAUUCAAAUUUUACCGCACGCUAAGCCUUUAAUCAAAGUCGGAUGGUGCCCUACAAAGUGUAAUUUAUUAACUACACUGCAAAGAGAGAACAAUUAUGUGAGCCUCUAUGACAUCCAACACCCCACCAUAGGAAACGAAGAAGUAGAACCAACAAUUAUGGAGAGAAUUGUAAAUUUGAAGACGACAUUUCCACUGAGUUGUUUUAGUUGGCACGGAACUGAUGAAAAUAGAAUUUUAAGUUCUGCUGGAUCGAAUUCGUCAGGAAAAAUUGAAAUUAAGGAUUUUUACGUUUAUGACCGGAUGACCUUAGCCCUAAGUCCAUAUUCUGAACUUAUUUGGUCUUAUGGAAAAAAGACAUUGAAAAGUGCUGAUCUCAAGACGCUUCCUGGCUAUACUGAUAUAUCUUUGAAAAUUCAAAAACGUGCUAAGGCUCAAUAUGGAUUAGAGGAAGAGUUUCACAAAAACGCUGACCAUGUAAGAGAUGAUGAAGCCUUGUCGAGUAUUUGGCGUUGGUUGCAUUUAAGCGCAAAACUAGUCGAAAGUGGGAGAGUAACCUGUCCAUCAGUGAAUGCCAGUCAUAAACAUCCUGGAGUUUUGUCAGUUUUAAAUCACGAUUAUGAAAAAUUCCCUUCAGACACUGUAACUAAACCUUGGGCUGAUUUGGGUCAUAGUAAUUGCAGAGGAUCUGUAAAAUACUACAAACGUCAAGAUCGAAGUAAGGCCCUACUUCUCUGUUCCUGGCCAGUGUUUGACGAUACUCUGGGCCUAAAAAGUUUCCUAGAGACGUUGGAAAAAGAACAUGCCUAUUCACGAGCUGCUGCAAUUGCAGUGUUCUAUCUACAAAUACCUUUAGCAAUGGAAAUACUGAAUUGUGGGCCAGUUGAAGAAGGUUUUAAUUACGUGGGAAUUGCAUUGGCUGGAUUUUCGAACGAAGAAGACAGCAACUGGAGGAAAUUUUGCCUAACAGCGAUGAAAAAAAUUAGCGACCCUUAUUUGAAAGCCAUGUUUGGAUUUCUGCUUUCGGGAAAUCAUAAUUACGACUGUGUUUUGAAGGAUACCAAUAUUAGGGUUGAUGAUAGGGUAGGCUUUGCCCUGAUUUUUUUGUCUGAUCACAAAUUGUAUGAUUACUUAAAUAAAUUAUCUUCGGAAUUAUGUGAUAGUGGAAUAUUAGAUGGCCUUCGGUUAACAGGUAAUAAUCCUCCAGGCAUAAAAUUAUUACAAAAUUACUUAGACGACACGGCAGACAUUCAAUCGACAACACUAAUUGCUGUCCGAGCAUUUCCACACGAACUGAAUUCAGAUACAGUGAAAAAUUGGAUUUUGAAUUAUCAAGAACUCUUAAACCAAUGGAAAUUCUGGUUUGAAAGAGCAGAUUUCGACUUAAUGUUGGUGAAAUACAGAAAGGAAAGGCCUCUCCCACAAGUUUACAUAUCUUGCACUUACUGUGGUAAAAAUAUAUCGGCUCAUCUUAGAAGUUUGAAAAGUCAACAGUUUUCAAGGAUUAAUGUGGCUGGAUCAACAAAUAAGUUAACUGGUUGCCCCCACUGUAGAAAACCCCUACCAAGAUGUAUAAUAUGCCUUAUGACAAUGGGCACUAGUAUAAGUGAUAUUGAUUGCAUUAGCCCGCAGUCUUUUGAUAAUUGGUUUACUUGGUGUCAAAGUUGCAGGCAUGGCGGACAUUCCAGGCAUAUUACGAACUGGUUUAAGGAACAUUUGGAGUGUCCAAUGGUUGGCUGUUCCUGUAAAUGUUAUUCUUUGGACUACACAUCACCUGCCAACUAGUGAAAACGUGCUGCAUGUUUCUUCUCAGAUCUGGUUCCUACUUUUAGUAUUUUUAUCAAGUGAAAACGAACUUUUUUAGAGGUGUCAACUUUUUGAAGUAAUGCACUAAUACAUUUUUAUUAUUUUAUGUAGAUUAUAAGAUUUUUUCUUAAAAUUAUAGUGAAAAUUUGGUAUGUUUAUUCCUUGAAAUCAUACAUUUUUGUUUUUCAAAUCAAAUGAUCUGACAAUGCAACGAUGCACUUAAAUGUAGUUGGGUGAUUUGUGAUUGUACAUUGUUCAGCUUACCAAAUAUAAGCCGUACUUUUUGACAUAUUGACUAGUUUUUUUAAAUAUUUUUUACAUAGUAGUAAAACGCUUUUGGUGUCUAUGGUUCCUACCUAUGUAAUAAUUUUUUCUUCGAGUGGUUGCAGGGACAAAUCGGGGGUACGGUACGGUACAGGAAUUUUCAAAAAGCAACCCUACAUGGAAAAUGCCUGAAAAUUUGAAUACGCUAGCAUUAGCCGUU